GCCAACCAAAAACCCGAAAUUAACCAAAGACUCAGUGAAAGUGAAAAUGAAUCUGCUGAUGGACAGCAUGCCGUCGCACGCGAAUCCUGGCCAGCGUCGCUCCACGCCGCCACAGCAUGCCGAGCUAAGGAUAUCCACAUCCUCGCCGAAGCAGCAGCAGCCUCCAGCUCAGCAGACCUCCAAUAACAACAACAACAAUAAUGAGACUCCCACAUCGCCUUCGGCAGGUGGAAAGACCACCUUGAAGCGCGCCUUUGAUGUGGCCUUUCUCAUGAUGCCCGACGAACGGAUCAAACAGAAGCAGGCGGAGAAGCAGGCCCGCCUCCAGGAGGCACUGCUGCAGCAUCACCACCCCCAACAGCAGCAGCAGCACCACCACCAGCAGCAGCAACAGCACCAACAGCAGAUGAACCACUACCCCACGGAUUUGUCUCCGCGAGGAGCAUCCUCGCAGCCACCCUCGCCAGCGGCCUUGGAGUACAUCAGCCUCCUGGAGGCCCGCCAGCGGUAUCCACAGAUCAGCAUCCGCUCGCCGCGGGUCUAUGACGAUCCCAGUGUGAUCAUACCCCUGGUGGACUCCCCGGAGGCACCGGCAUCUGCAUCACCACCACCGCCCAUGCGGAGUGCGUUUACCAAGGUGGCCUCCUCGUCGCUGUCCACUGCCUCUUCGUCGCCCUCGACCACAUCGCGCCUGGAGUCGCCAGUGGAUGUGGGUGCUCCACCCUUAAGUCCGGAUCAGUUGAGCUGCCACUCCAUGAGUCCACCGCUAGUAACACCGCCGCCGAGGACCAACAGUGGUGGCCAGAAUCCGCAGAAUCCCCUGCCAGCCAAUCCCAUUGUGUACCACAACUUCCGGCCGGAGUAUCAGUUCAAUGGAGCCUUCCAGGCGGUGAAUCCCAUGCAGGCACUGCAGGCGCAGCAGCGGCUCAAGCAGCAGUUGCUCUACACACGUCCCCCUGGACCGGGAGGGAAUCCCAAUGGUGGUGGGCCGCUUCCGGGGAAUCCUUCGUCGCCGCCAGCGGGUCCGCCGCCGGAGUUUCUGCAUGCCGCCUAUCCGGGAUUUGCGCCACCUCCGCAUCCCUUUGCCGUGGCUCAGCCGCUGCAGAAUCCCGCCGCGGCGGCCAUACUCUCCACGCUGAUUCCACCCACCCUGGCGUCCACCUUCACGUUGACGGCCCAGAAUGUGUGCGCCAAGUGCAACAUUAGCUUCCGGAUGACCAGCGACCUGGUCUACCACAUGCGAUCCCAUCACAAGAGCGAGGUGGCCUGCGAUCCAAAUCGUCGCAAGCGCGAAGAGAAGCUGCGUUGUCCCGUCUGCCAGGAGACGUUCCGCGAGCGCCACCAUCUCACCCGGCACAUGACCGCCCACCAGGACAAGGCAAGCGAUCACCAGCCGCAGCUGGAGGAUGCUUCCUCUUCGGCCGCCGCUGCUGUCGGCGAUAAUGAGAUCAUUAACGUGGUGGGUGGAACACCGCCAGGCCGUCGAAUGGGAGGCAUGCCCAAAUGAUCGAAGCACUUCUUCGGAUACUUUUAAGAGAUCUCCCACUCCCCCAGAGACCCACCCCGCAUCACCACAGCACUUCGUUGGUCUAGUCCGUAAUGCCCAUUUUCGAUUGUGAUAUUAAUUUUAGUUUCCCCCAAACUCCGCUCUCAUUUCCCUUAGCCUUAAAAGUAGUGCAAUUCGUAUCGUAAAUAUAUAACUGGAACUCCUCCACUUUUCUCCCUCAAUUCUCAGUAUUUUCCAUGGACCCCAAGGGGUCUCCAGUUUGCUCAUUGUAAUAUAUUAUAUAUGGCUAAGUUACAGAUCCCCUAAUAUUAGCAUGCAAUGUGUGGCUG